AUGAGUGAAGUGGUUGAGAAGUACGAGGACGGAGAGGAGGAUUCCUACGAGGAGGGCGACGAGUUCGAAGGCGAGGAUCUAGAUGCGAUCCUCGAUGCCGAGCAGCAGAAACCAACUGUACCGGACGAUUUCGAGGGCGUCGAGUCGUACGACGGGGAACACUUGUACGAUUACGACGACGACGAUGAUGAUCAUCGCGACGAUGCGGACUCCAAGCGCGACGCGGCGGUGGAUACCAACGAGACCGAUAAAAAACAGUCGGGCGAUCCGGACAGCAAGACUCUGCGCUCGGUCAAGUCGCGAAAGGGACGCGGCGGCAAAAAGGACGACGAUUCGACGCAGCAGCAGAAAAUCAAAGCCAACGAGUACGUCGAGUACGAGGAGGACGUGGAAAGAGCGCACGAUGCCGGCGGGGCGGACGACAAGCCCGGAUUCAUGGAGCUGAUCGCGAAACUCCAGGAUGUCCUUCGGCGGUAG